ACUCUCCCUCUCUCCCACUUACUCCUUUCCUGCAAAACAUUAACUCCCACUAUCUUGCAGGACCUGAUUCUAGCAGUUUUUGACAAUGACCAUGAGAGGAUUUUGGCAGCACUCGCCAAUGGUGCGGAUGCCAGCUUCCGCGCCAUUGACAGUGAGGAUGAGGAUGAGGAUGAGGAUGAGGAUGAGGAUGAUGAUGAGGAUGAGGAUGAGGAUGAUGAUGAGGAUGAAGAUGAGGAUGAGGACGACAAGACUAUCUGCCUGGAUGAGGACGAGAAGACUUUUUGCUUGUUGGCCUGGGCAGCCUAUGAGGGUCACGCUAACCUGGUGCGAACCCUAAUAGAGUUUGGACUACCAGUGGAUGGUGCAGGAGAGUGCCCUAUUACACCUUUACAGUGCGCAGUCAGUCGGGGCCACGUCCAAGUGGUGAGGGAGUUGCUUAGUCAUGGAGCCAGUCUGGAGGCUAAGGAUAAGAGAGGUCGCACCGCUCUGCAUAAUGCUGUGGAAGAAGGUCAUCUGUCAUGCAUGAAGCUGCUGCUUGAUGCUGGCGCCGACCCCAACUCUCAAGACAACGGUGGUCAGUCACCACUGCAUUCUGCGGUUGUGGUCAACUCAGCAUGUAUUAUGAUGCUAGUGGGAACUGUUGGCUGUAACCUCCAUGCAGUGGACAAGGGUGGCCACACAGCUCUGCACAUGGCUGCCGUACUUGGAAACCUGGAGGCGGCGAAGUUGCUGGUGGAAGCCGGCCUUGACCUGGAGGCCAAGAACGCUGACGGAUUAACCCCAUAUUAUGCAGCAAAAGCUUCUGGUCAACAUGUUAUUGAGUUUUGGUUGGGUGUAUUGUCUCAGCCUGAGGCUGUUGAUGAGAUACCCACGGUGAGUCGCCCUGAGCCUGUUACUGAGACACCCACGCUGACUCGCCCUGACCCUGAUGCUGAGACACCCACGCUGACUCGCCCUGACCCUGAUGCUGAGACACCCACGCUGACUCGCCCUGAGCCUGUUACUGAGACACCCACGCUGACUCGCCCUGACCCUGAUGCUGAGACACUAACAGAGGUAAGUCCUAAUGCGAAAUGUGAGCCGUGUUGUGGUCACCGUCUGCUCCAAGCUCCACCACCAACACCAGCCUUCCUACUCCUAUUCAUGCCCCACCAUUUUGCAUAAGUCAAUUGCUUCUCUCAUGUACCUCCCCAAUAUAUCUCAACACUUCCCAAUUGAACAUUUACCAGCUACCUAAACCUCUCAUUCUGCUUUCUGUUUCAACCCCCAACACGUUUAAAUUAU